AACGUAUUUAAAUCCGUCCUCAGCUGCGGUGUCCCAAGGUCCGAAACCAGAAGCCUCGAGGCUCCGAUCCUUCUCCAGCUAUAGCCGAUCCGACGCUUGCCGGGAGGGCUCUUUCCAUCGCCUUUGGGAUCUCACGGUAGAGAUUAUGGAAAGUGAAAUCUAAGUGCCACUUAACCCACUUUCUGGAUAAACAAGAAAAUUGAUGACUGGUUAAAUGUGUAGGUUGCUCCUUAUUUGAAGGAUGAAUUUGUUGGCAUACUGAUGAUUUGCCUAUCGACUCUUAAAGAUUGUUAUUUUUAUUAGAUGAUCGAAGAGAUUCAUUGUUAUUUUACUGAAUUUUUUCCUUGCAUCUUCUACUGGAGACUAGUGGCUUGAAACAUGGCAUCGGUUGAUGUGACCAAAUCUUGCCUUGAUUCCAUUCGCCAGAUAUCAGAGCACAUUGAAGGUUCCACUCUUUACCUUGAUGCUGGAUCUGCAGAAAGUUUCCAAUUUACUGGGGCGUUUCCUGUGUUACUGGACCUUGGAGUAUGUACUAUUUGCAGUUUGGAGAACAUGUGUUCUCUUGAUGUGGUGGCCGAUUGGAACUCAGAGUCUGAUACUGUGAGGAAAAUUGUGGUCAUCGCAUCUCGUCUACUAAGUGAUGCACAUCGGUAUAUUUUACGUUGCCUAAGCACGCAUCAAGAUGUUCGUUCUUGUACUAUUUUUACAUCUAUCUCAGAGAUGGCUCACUCUUCGUACCCUGAUUCACCUUUGGGACCAGAUGCAUUUCGUGAAUAUGAAUCAUUGCUUGUCCAAGAUUAUGAGGAACUUGUUAAGAAAUCUGAGUCAAAGUCUAUAGAGCCAAAAGAUAACAACUUACAGGAAAAAUUAAUCUUUGAAGAUGAAGGGUGGUCACAACUCACUUCCAUUGAAGAAGACAUACCUCACCUUGAAGCUAGUUCUAGUGGAAGAGAUUUGUACAAUAAUAAUCUGAUAGGUUGCACAGAAGAUGUAGGGCAAAAAUUGGUUGUUUCUGUGCAUCACUUCCCUAUGAUUUUGUGUCCUUUUUCACCAAGAGUCUUUGUUUUACCUUCAGAGGGAUCAAUUGCUGAAGCAUACUUAUCAGCUGAACAAGAGGAUUCCCUUAGCCCUGGAUUGCCUCCCUUAAGUACCGGAUUGCCUUCUGAGGGUGAUGAUUUUCCUCCUGGGGCAUCUCUUACAGCACAUUUUCUUUACCAUCUGGCUGCCAAGAUGGACUUGAAAAUGGAAAUAUUUUCCCUUGGUGAUCUGUCAAAAACUGUUGGGAAGAUAUUGAUGGACAUGUCAAGUCUUUAUGAUGUAGGCCGCCGUAAACGAUCAGCGGGGCUACUAAUCAUUGACCGCACACUCGAUCUUCUGACCCCUUGCUGCCAUGGGGAUUCACUUGUUGAUCGUAUGUUUUUGUCUUUGCCCCGUAGGGAAAGAGCAACUUCCUCUACACAAAUGAAAAGCUCACAAACCCAACUCAAACAUGGCCCUUCUAAUCUGCAGCGUGCUCCUCUUGAUGUUCGGAUACCACUUCAAAAGAUAUUAAGUGAAGAAGAUUGCGAAAUAGAUCAUUUUCGACUUUUUGAAAGCAUUGAAGCCUUUCUAUGUGCAUGGGAUUCUAGUAAUUCUGCUUCUGAAAUUGUUGAUUUAACUAAUUUCAGCAACAAAGUUAACAAUGAAAGGUCACUUCAUUCUGAGAUCGAACUAUUUAGUGGGUCCUUUGUCUCCACUGAAAAUUUUCGUGGAACACCAUACUUGGAAGCUAUACUGGAUAGAAGAACUAAGGAUGGGGCUGUUCUGGUAAAGAAGUGGCUCCAAGAAACUCUUCGUCAGGAAAAUGUAAGUGUGAAUGUGAAAACUCGUCCUGGCUUUCCUACCAAAUCAGAUUUGCAACCUAUGAUUAAAGCGUUGGCUAAAAGCCAGCCAUCUUUGAUGAAAAACAAAGGAAUUAUUCAGUUAGCAGUAGCUGCAUUAGUUGCCCUUGACGAAGCACAUUCUGCCAGGUGGGAUGCACUUAUCAGCGCUGAGAAAAUAUUGAGUUCGUGUGCGGGAGACACAACCCAGAGUCUUGCGGCUCAAAUUGGUGAUCUUGUCAAUAAGAGUGCUUUGAUGGGAUCACAUGGAGAGAAGAUUGGAAAAAUGAAGCCUUCGCAGGGGUUACUUUCUUUUCAAGAUGCUUUGCUUCUUACAGUUACUGGAUAUAUUUUGGGUGGUGAAAAUUUCCCCACAUCUGGAUUGGAUAGCCCUUUUUCUUGGCAAGAGGAGCAUCUACUGAAAGAGGCUAUUGUAGAUGCUAUUCUUGAAAACCCAUCAAUAGCAAAACUAAAGUUUCUACAUGGUCUAACAGAAGACCUUGAAGCCAACCUAAACAGGAUGAGAUCAGAGGAAACCAAAGAAAUGUCUUCAGAUAAAUUACAAAUUGAUGAUUUUGAUGAUGAUCAAUGGGGUAGCUGGGGUGAUGAAGAUGCUGGUACUCAUAAUAAUAAAGAGCAAGUGUACGGUGAUAUGCAGCUGAAGUUGGAGUUGCGUGAUAGGGUAGAUAACCUGUUCAGGUUUCUUCACAAGUUAUCUAGCUUGAAGUGGAGAAACUUGCCAUUGAGGGAUGGGACAUUCACUUCAGAAAGUAAUUUCAGUGGAGAUCCCUAUACGGGUAAAGGAUUACUUUAUAAGCUUCUAACAAGGGUGUUGGGCAAGUAUGAUGUAUCUGGGUUGGAGUACCAUUCCUCUACUGUUGGGCGACUUUUUAAAAGUGGGUUUGGAAGAUUUGGCCUUGGGCAGGCAAAACCAAGUCUUGCCGACCAAAACGUCAUUCUGAUUUUUGUUAUUGGCGGAAUCAAUGGUCUUGAGGUACGUGAAGCUCAGGAGGCUUUAUCUGAAAGUGGAAGACCUGAUAUCGAAUUGAUUAUUGGUGGAACAACUUUCCUAACUCCCGAUGACAUGCUUGAUUUACUAAUUGGAAACUCCAGUUACUUUUGAUCCCCGUAAUUUGUAAAAGAUAGAGAAAGUGAGAAUAAAAUGAAUCUGAAAUGUUAUAAUAUUUAUCUAAGUUUCAAACAAUUCAAAUUAAAUGUAUUUUGUAGUCAAAUUAGCCUCCCGAAAAUAGGAAAAAAAACGAAGUCCGCAUAUAGCUCAUAAUAGCAUUUUAAUUUGUAAUGACUUGAUCUAAUUAUGGUUGUAUUGAAUGGGCUAAUCUGGGAAAAGGAAAGCUCGAAGCUUUGCAAGGAAAGUGAGAAAUGAGAACUGAAGAGAGGUCUAGAAGAGGGGAAAAGAAGCUCUAUUGUGCCACGCGGCUAAGAGAGUUUCACUAGUGGAAUAAAUGCGGUACAGCUGGAUCUUCUUUUUGGGGUGCUUGAGACGGUGUGCAGCAAGGUGUCAUGUGCGUUUUGUGCACUUGUACCGUUUUAUGUUUUAGUUUAUGGGUUUUAAGGGAAUUCCGUUGUAAGACCAUUAUAUAAGGUCUCAACCGGGUUUAGGUAGGUAUCUUUUGAAUUGAUGAAUUGCUCUUGGAGGGACGGCAACCUCGAAAUUGCCUUAUCUAUGUAAUUCCAAUAUUAUUCAAUUAAUACCACUAAAUCGUUCAAUUCA